AUGAUGUAUUCCAGAUCAUCAUCAAGUUCAAGUUCAAGUUCAUCUUCUUCUAAUAAUGAAGAAUAUGAUCAACUCGUUGAUGAACUCUUCACAUACCAACCCCCAUCUUUCCUCAUGCCCCAAACACAAUCCCAACGUACUUCAAAAACACGUAGAGGGUGUACGAACAGAAGAGAUAGGGAAAUGGGACAUGCCAGGUUGUUUAAUGAUUAUUUUUCCGAUAAUCCUGUGUACAACACCACGCAAUUUAUAAGAAGAUUUCGUAUGCAACGGCCUUUGUUUUUACGCAUAAUGAACAAGGUCGUUGAAGGUGAUGUUUACUUCAAGCAGCGUAGGGAUGCAACUGGAAGGUUAGGCUUAUCACCUCUGCAAAAAUGUACAGCCGCGAUAAGAAUGUUAGCCUACGGCAUGGCUGCAGACGCCGUUGAUGAAUACGCUCGAAUCAGUCAGUCAACCGCUCGAGUUGCCCUACAACGUUUUUGUGCCGGGGUCAUUGAUCAGUUCGGAACCGAGUACAUGUGA